CGUGCCUUUCGCGAGCCCGCUCUCUCUUGGGCUGUCGCGCUUCGCGUGCGGCGCUCGCUCGCGGUGCGGACAGAGCGACCGUGGGGGCGCUCGGGGCAGCGUGGGCACUGCGGGCCGCAUUCCCGGCGCACAGGCCGCCUUCCCCGGCGGAACGGCGCAGCGAGCGUUUCCCCUGGGAAAACGUGUCUGGGUUUGAUAAGGAGCUCCGUACCUGCCGGGAUGUGUUUAUGGGUGGUGUUUAUGCCAGCUGGGGUUAGAGAAACUCAGUGGGGACGUGGCCAGGAAGGGCGAUUUCACGGUUGCUUUCACAGAACCAUAAGGAGUGGGGAGCGACCUUGAAGGUCAUCGCGCUCCAACCCCGUGCCGUGGGCAGGGACACCCCCCACGAGGUCCGGUUGCUCAGAGCCCCGUCCAGCCUUGGCCUUGAGCGCUGCCGGGGAUGGGGCAUCCACAACCUCCCUGUUCCGGUGCCUCACCACCCGCACAGCAAACAGGUUUUCCCUAAUAUCUAACCUAAAUUUGCUCUCAAGCUCCAUGUACCCUGGCUGCAGUGUGCUGCUCUCUUGUUGGGCCUCUGCAGGAAAAGGAGACUAGUUUUUUUAAGUUUCUGCUUUUGUGGUGCUGCCAGAAACGCAGGUACUGCCUGUGAUAAUGUAAUGCAUCUCCAUGUUCUCAUGGAGAGGAAAACAACCAAGGCCGUGUGAGGCAUGGCAUGCGUAGGUAAUAGGGAUGAUUUUCUUAGCAUCAUUGUUUCAAGUGGCACUGCAGCCUGUCUUAAUAAAGUUUAGGCCAGUCUCACACCUUACAGCCACUAAAAGGAGUGCUUAUCAUAAUGUAGCAGUAAUAUUUUUCUCUUAUAUUAGGGCUUGUUGGUGCAGGUCAUCUACAGAUAAAAUGAAGUCAGUGUUUUCAAACUGCUGUAGUUAAACGUGUGAAAUUCAUUUAGCAAAGGUCCUCAGCAGGAGUGUCAAUUCCAGUAUAAUUGUAAAAGUACAAAUCACCUGCAAUUUUUCAAAAGUAUUGAUUGAAUUAUUCAAAACAGAGGGUUUGGGAGGUUUUUUAGCUUAAUUUCAGACAUCACAACUGAUUUUUUUUUUUAAAUACUUGAGGCAGAGCAUACACAAUAAUUUCUGUUAGGAAUGUCAUUGUGUAAUAAUGGGGGGGGGGAAGAAUAACUCGUCAUGACGAAGGGGUUUGCUGGAUUGGAAGACAUUUCAUUUCUGUGCCUUCUUUCUGAGCUUUCUGCUUGUCUCAUGCAUAUUCCACAUGAGGAAAAAAUGACUUUCAUGUAAGGCUAUCUGUAAGCCUUCCUCCUAUGAAUUCAUUCAGAAGUGAAGGUCUGGCAUCCCUUUAAAGCAACUUUUCCUUCUAUUACUAAUACUCGUAACAAUACCUGAUCAUAAUUUUAAAGAAGAUUAAAAGGAUUCUUAGGUAGAUAUGUGUUCAAUCUUAUUUGAGAUCCCUCUGAUUAAUUCGAAAGUCCUUGUUAGUCAGGACUGACCCAAGUGUGUUUGUAAGGCAACUGGCAGAGCUGGCAAAGCUAACAUAUUGGUUUUAAUAAUCCAGGAUUAGGAGAUCUUAUUUCGUAUCCAAGUGUCAUUUCAGCUUCUUCUUUCAUCAUUUCUUUUCCCAGACAGGACUUAAAAGCAUUGGUGAAUGAUAAAUAAUGCAACAGUACCAGGAACUUGUUAAGUUCCACUAUUAAUUUGCUAUCUUUUUUCCUAAAAUGAAAACAUUAGUGUUAGGGAUAUAAUUUGUGAAGUUACUGGAAAAAAGUAAUAAACUUGCUAAGUGGCUAAACUUGUUAAACAGUUAAGCUUGACAAUCAUUUCCAGUCAUGUGAACAACAAGAAAAGCAUCAGGAGUAGUCAGUAUGGAUUCAUCAUGACAUCUUGACCAACCUGAUAAACUUGUGUGAUCAAAUGGUCCAGCAAAGCCAGGGGGGAGCAGUCAUUAUUGUUUGCCUAGGCCUCAGUAAGGCUUUUGACUCCAGUAAUACCUUCCUAGAGAAGCAGUUGAUGCGUGGGGUGGAUGUGCAGGCAGUGCAGUGAAUGGCUUGUCCCAGAGCGUGGUGAUACGUGGCACAAAGUCUAGUGAAGGGCCCGUAAUUAGAGGUGUGUCCUAGGGGUCAGUACUGGGCCUGAGCUUUUUCAGCAUCUUGGUUAGUGACCUGUGCAGUGGGGCACAGUGUCCCACCAGCAAGGUGACACCUUGGAACUGAAUAACCAGUAACCAAGUAACACCAAGUAACUGAGGAACCAGAGGGUUGUGCUGCCAGGUGGAUGAACUGCAGAAAUGUGCUGAGAAAAACCUCAUGAAGUUGAAGAAGGGGAAGUGCAAAGUCCUGCACCUGGGGAGGAGCAAUCACAGACCCUGGUACAUGGUGGGAAACACCCAGCUGGAGAUGAGUUUUCAGAAAAGGCCCUGGGAGUUUCCUAGACACUGAAUUGGAUGUAAGCCAGCACUGUGUCCUUGAAGCGAGGAAAGCUGAGUGCCCUGGGCUGCAUUAGGGUGAGUGUUGCCAGCAGGCUGAGGAAGGUGAUCCUGCCCCUCCAUUCAGCACAAGUGAGGCUGCUGCUGCAGUACCGUGCCCAGCUCUGGGCUCCUCAGUGCAGGAGGAAGUUGGUGCUGCUGGAAAGAGUCCAAUGAAGGCUAAAAAGAUGAAAACGUGAAGGCAGUGUGAAAAGAAGACCAGAACCAGGCUCAAUGCAGUGGUACCCAGUGACAGGUCUAGAGGCAGUGGGCACAAACUGAAACAUGGGAUGUUCUUUGUGAACAUCAGGAAGCCUUUUUUACUGUGAGGGUGAUGGGGCACUGGCAGAGGUUACCCAGAGAGCUGCUGCAGUCUCCAUCCUUAGACAUCUUCCAAAGCCAUCUGGACACAAUCCUGGGCAAUGGGCCCUAGGUGGCCCUGCUUGAUCAGAGAUGUUAAACCAGAUGACCUCCAUAGGUCCACCCUCAGCCACACUGUAUGGUACUGGGUGAAACGGGGCUCUUCAGCAUUUUCUUCAGAAUACUGUUGCACACAAAGGCUGUGUCAGUCACACUGCAAAGAAGGGAACAAACUGUUCUGUAACUAGUGUGGAGGGAACAAAAAUGCUUGAACUUUAGCAAGGCUGCUUUGUGCUGGAUCUUAGGAAACAUUUCCUACCAGUACCUAAUUUAAUUGUCUAGAACAUUUUAGAAAAAAAUACAUCCUGCAGGAAUAUUUUAGGUACAACUGAUCCUGUCUGUGAUCAGUUGUUUCUUUGGGGCCUGCUUUCUGUGGUUGUGUCAGUUAUGCUUUCCCAUUGUAACGUUUGCUGAUAUUGACUGUAGAACAAAAGUAAUUUUUUUUCUCUCCAGUGCUCUAGAAUGAUGUUUUAAUUUUAAUUGAAAUAUGUUUUCCUGUUUAAAGAAGUUAGUUUCUGAAAUUAGGAUUGUUAGGUGGUGAAUUGACAUCCUGACUGAAGAUUCUGAACCAGGUCAGGAAUGAAUGAAACCACAAAUACCUAUAUUUAUUAAAGAGAAAAGCUGCUGACAAGCUCCUACCAUACAAUCAUCCCUCAGCAUGUCGAAAGCAGGUAUCAAGGCAUAUUUCAAAGUUUGCCACAGAGCAGACUGAAAAGGAUUCUGCAUAGCCUUAGGGGCAUAGGUCUGUUAGAAGAAAUGUGAGACAGCUGCUCAACUGGAAUGUAAACUCCUGCUUAGAGCCCUGAUUAGGGCAGUUUUAGUCUGAUUAGGGCAGUUGCUCUGAUUCAGUUGCUGCUGAAACACAAGAUAAAAUGGCAAAACCCAAGAUAAAAUGGCAAAACACAGGGAGAAUAUUGUUGAGCUUCUGUCCCUGUCUCCUGUUGCCGUUAACAGGCAGGUAUAAUUUUGAGCAUCAAGAUUCUGCACUCUGUUAGAGAACAGCAUGACUGUAGGCAGCAUAGAGGCUCUUUAGGACUGAAGAUGGACUAUGGACAUUAUUGGGGGGAUGAUCUCAUGUACCUAGACAGAAGCAGACUUAAAUCCUCUGUCUAACCUGUUACUUGUGACCAAGGCCAUCCACAGAGGUAUGUGGGCCAUGAUAAAUAAAAAUCUGUUACAAUGAAGGGCCCAUGUGCACCUCACUUUUGCAUAUACAGAGUUCAGGAUGUAGGUUGUAGUGAUGAAAAUAUUUUCUGUGCUUUUUGUCAGAAGGGGAAGAUGCAAGUUUCCCCAUCUGUGUUGUGCAUAGCAGUGUCUGAUUGACAUUUUCUGCAGAUUUUUCUGGUUAGUUCUAUUAGACAUUUGGAAAAAAAAAAUAAGUUAUAUGUACUUUUACUGUGCUUCAGUUUUCAAACAUGUCCUUGUAAAACACUAACGUCAGAUGCUUGAAUGUAUUUUUCUGAAUAGAACAGCAAGAUCAGAGUCAAGGAACCUUUUGUACUGUCUUCAUGAGUCAUAGUCAUAUAUACAGUUAAUAACUUGUGAAUAAUCUGAGCAUGAAUCACAUUCGUAGCAUAUAUUGAUGAACCGUUAUCUAUGUUUUUAUAUUUUCAGUGUUUCUUAAACAAGGCUUAAACAAGCAAGGCUUAAACAAUCAUACUCUUCAUCAGUUUUGAUCCUUAAUUUUGAACCUGUUGGCUGGUUUGGUCAAACUUAACAGAAAUGUUGAUAAAUUAUUGUAGAUUUCAUGAUAACAGAUGGAUGGAUAGAGCAGAAGGACUCUGAUGGAGGAUGAUGUUACAGAUGCCUUACUAGGCAGAGAAUCUACAUGGGAAAAAAAGCUUUGCAUAAAUGCUUCAGUGGUAAAUAUCCUUCAGCCUUUGGUGCAUAUGCCUUCUGAGGCAGUAAAGCCACAAACACAUUGAGUCAGUAGAAAAUCGGUCUCGCUUUGUUCUUAUUUCAGUGAGAUUACUUUCUAUUUGCUGAUUUGAUUUGCUGGUUCUGUGUGGUCUUUACCUGGUAUUCCACAACACUAGUAGCCCUCAAAGCACCCUCGGGCUACUUGUAUGUGUAAUAUUAACAGUAUUCAUCUCUGCAGGCUUGAUCUUCAGAAUUGGUUUGCCUCAAUUUAGAUACUUAAAUUUGAAUUUACUACUUUACUUCAUUUGAAAGACUUUAUAAUAAGUAUUGAGUUAUUUGUGUGCUAAUUAACAUCCCCUCGGUAAAUGCAGAAGAUGGAUUAUUUUUGUCUUGUUUUUCAGUUCACACAAAAAUGUGAACCAGGUCCUGGAGAGACUAAAGAAUGACGCUAUGUUUUGAUGGUUUAGCUGUCUGAGAAUAAUCCAAUGUAAGUGUUGAAAAUAAUCUAUCUGAAUUGCUGAGGAUUUUCCUCUGAGAGAAGAUAAACUAGAAAAAUAGACCCAAUUAUGAUACAUGUUCCUACCAGUACCCAUGCUGGUUCAAGAACAGCAUUUUAAAAGGUGUUCUUGAAUAAAUUCUUGAAUACAUUAUUCCCAAGUCAUAGCUUGCAGGAUGAGUUUAGAAGUGCAGACUGUGUGCAAUUCAUUCAGAUCCUUGCAGAGCUUGGAGGCUAGUGUUGAUCUGUGUAAUUUCAUUGAGAUUUAAUUGUCUUACUCUGUUUCUAUGGAUCUUCUUGUGGAAGUAAUCAUCAGAACCUAGUCAAAAGACUACAGCUCAGAUCUGAAAAGUGACACUGAUGAGCCCGGGGGUGACACGGCAGUGUUGGGGGUGAAAUAAUAGCUCAGCUGAAGUGCAUCUGCACCAGUGCACACAGCAUGAGUAACAGACAGGAGGAGCUGGAAGCCACUGUCAGCAGGAAAGCUGUGACAUAGUUGUCAUCAUGGAAACGUGGUGAGAUGACUCUCAUGACUGGAGAGCUGCAGUGGAUGGUUACAAACUCUUCAGAAGGGCCAGGUGAGGAAGGAGAGGGGGUGGGAUGGCUCUGUACACUGGAUGGUGUUCUGACUGUGCAGAGCUCCAGGGCAGUGGUAUGAGGCUGAGUGCCUGUGGGUGAGGACUGGGGGGAAGCUAACGAGGCAAACAUCCUGGUGGGAGACCAUCCAUCUGCUGUAGAGCUCCCAACCAGGAUGAAGAGGCAGAUGAAGUAUUUUAUAAGUGUCUGGCUGACGUUUCACGAUUACCAGCCCUUGUUCUUGUGGGAGACUUUAACCUGCCACACGUCUGCUGGAAACUCAGCACAGUGGACCAGAGGCAGUCGAGUGAGUUCACAGAGCGUGUGGAAGAUAACUUCCUGACACAGCUGUUACUCUGUCUUCUUACUCCUGUUACACCCAGUACUGAGUGCUAACUGCUGGCUUUGCUGCAUGUAGGACACAUUAACACACACUUCCUAGUGCUGAAAGAAGAUUCAUGAUUUGAGGAUGUCAGUUUGCUGCUCUCUGGACUUUUUAAUAUUAUUUCAGGUUUUUGAGUUUUUCAGAAUUAAACCAAACAUUCCAGUGAAUUGAAGAUCUUCUUCGUGUCUUUCUUCAGAGUGAAUAUCAGUGGUGAAAAAAAACAUCUAUUAAGCCUGUUGUCAGACAUCAGAAAAAUGGUUUUCUUCACACAUAGAUUCACAAAUGUGUGAGGUGGAAGAAUUUUAACAGAAGAAUAAAGUGUGAUGUUUCAUAAAGGCUAUUAAUUCAGUUUUGAAACAGGACGUGAGCAAGAUGAGUAUGGGGAAAAAGGCACGGUCAGAGGAAAUGCACCUGGGAGGUGAAGAUUGGAAUCAAAGUAGCAGCUUUGUCAGUAAACCCUCUCGAGGAUGGCUGCACUCGAAUGAGAAGAUCCUGGGACCUGGUGUGACGUACAUUGUGAAGUACUUGGGAUGUAUAGAAGUCUUACGCUCAAUGAGAUCUCUUGACUUCAAUACUAGAACACAGGUUGCAAGGGAAGCAAUCAGUCGUGUUUGUGAAGCCGUGCCUGGUGCCAAAGGAGCCUUCAAGAAACGAAAGCCACCAAGCAAAGUCCUUUCUAGCAUCUUGGGAAAGAGCAAUCUUCAGUUUGCAGGAAUGAGCAUAAUGUUGAAUAUCUCCACCAGCAGCUUAAAUCUAAUGAAUCCUGAUACGAAACAGAUCAUAGCAAAUCACCACAUGCAAUCUAUUUCCUUUGCGUCUGGAGGUGACCCGGAUACAACUGACUAUAUUGCAUAUGUAGCUAAGGAUCCUGUUAAUCGGAGAGCUUGUCAUAUACUGGAAUGCUGUGAUGGCCUGGCCCAGGAUGUCAUCAGUACCAUAGGGCAAGCAUUCGAGCUUCGAUUUAAGCAAUAUUUGCGAUGUCCCUCUAAGAUACCUACUUUCCAGGAUAGGAUGCAGAGUUUUGAGGACCCGUGGACGGAGGAAGAAAACGAGGCAGCAGAGCAUCACUAUUACAACAACAUCCCAAACAAAAUACCUCCCCCUGGCGGCUUCCUUGAUACCAGGCUCAAAACAAGACUUCCCACUGCUGCAGUCACAGCUCAGUCUGCAACAGGAGUGGGAAGAGAGCAAAUUUAUUAUCAGAGCCAUCACUCAGGAGACAAAGUCAGUGAAGAAUGGCAUCAUGGGCCUGUUACACAAGGAUCUCUGGAUAUCUCUAGUAUGCCAGAAAAGAAAUCAGAAGUAAUACCUACAGCAGAGAUGCCAACAUAUGUAAACACCCAGCAUAUAAAUGUAGAAGCUCUACUGGCACUUCAGGCAGAUGCUGAAUGUACCUUCAGUGGAACAACAGAGGAGACCAAAGCAAGCAGCCCAGGAAAAGAUCUGUUUGACAUGAGACCAUUUGAAGAUGCCCUCAGGAAUCAAACCUCUGAGGCCAUGCUGAAGAAAUCCACCUCCACGGGAUGCACCAGUCCUGUUUCAUCCAGGGGAGCUGCCCGGACUGAAGCUGAAGAGCUGAGUGCAGAGCCGUGGUAUCAAGGAGAGAUGAGCAGGAAAGAAGCAGAACAGCUGUUAAAGAAGUGUGGAGAUUUCCUUGUGAGGAAGAGUACCACGAAUCCUGGCUCCUACGUGCUGACAGGCAUGCACAACGGACAAGCCAAGCACCUUCUUUUGGUGGACCCAGAAGGAACUGUUCGUACAAAAGAUCGUGUCUUUGACAGCAUAAGUCAUCUCAUCAACUAUCAUCUUGAGAAUAAUUUACCAAUAGUUUCUUCAGUGAGUGAACUCUGCCUGCAACAGCCUGCUGAAAGGAAACACUGACUCCAGAUCUCUUUUAGUUUUUGUAACUUGCAAGCUAUAACUGGUAGAAAUUGUAGAUCUUAAAAAAACCAAACAUGUACAUUAAAAAAAAUGCGUAGUCACGUAUACUUCACCAGUAUGUUUUCUUUAUGUUUAAGAAGCCCCAUUUCAUAUGGUACACUUGAAAAUUCUCAGUUCUUUGUGUAGACAUGAAAUCACAGCAGAAAGCUUUCUUAAAAGUAAUUUCAAUAAGAUUGUUCAGAUUCUCUAAUGUGACUGUUGAUAAUGUAUAUAUACAUACCAUAUAUAUAAAUACAGUAUAUAUUUAUAUUUUUUGAGUCAGUCUAUUGACAGUAUAGAACUAUCUUCUCUGCCAUGUGUUUUUACCAAAAGAAAAAUGACAAUUGUGAUUGUUCAGAUAAAAAGUAGAAUUCAGCAGUCUCAAUUUCUUGAGAAAUUUAAUAUUAGGAAUCUUAUUUCUGAUUUUACCUAAGAAGCACAACUAUGGGGAUUAUAGGUGGAUUAUGCUAAUUAACUAUGGUAGGAGCCUGAAUUCAGCAUCUACUAUUCCAACUCAGAAAUUUAGCAUAAAAUAUUUUUGAAAGCAUUAUCCACUUACGUCAUUGAUGUCAAAAGGAUUUUAUCUUUCUGAUGUCAAGUUUGAAUUCUUAUAUGGUGAUAUUCGAAACAUUUGUAUCUUACUUUAACAAUGAUUUGGUGUGAUCUCUCUGUGUAUGAGGUGUGUGCUUUGAUUUUUCUGAUGAUAUUGUGACAACAUAUUGUAAUUUAUUAAUUUCAGUGCUAAAAGGUCAUUUAUAAGUAGUUCUCUGCUUAUGGUGAAGAUCUAGGUGUCCUUGACUAACAGUCUUGAAUGAGAUGUUGCAUACUGAGUAGACAAGUUCAAAUAACUUGUGUGUAAUAGGCUUAAUCCAAGAUAUACAUGAUUGUUCAAAGACAUAUCUGAAAAGCGUUUUCUUCUUAGGGAUGGUGAAAACUAUCCCAACUCAGUGGUCAGUUUUGCAAAUUUUGCCACUUGCACUUACCUACCAAAGCGUAACUUCAUCUUGGCCUUCAGCAAGUGAUAGGUAUUGCAAAUACACUGUUUUUCUCUAAGCAUCAAGUUCAAAAAAUACACAUAUACUAAAGACGCGUUUCUGGCAGAAACGACCUCGACUUUUGGUACUGGGAAAUGCUUUAAGGGAUGAUUGUACUAUUCACAUUUAAGCAUUAUAUGAAGUUAUUUUCCCAUUUUAGGAAUCUUAUUAUGAGUCAAAUUCAAUAGACACAGUUCCUGUAAAGACAAAACUUGUACCAGAGUCAAGAUUUAGCCUUCAGCAAUCCGAGGUCUUCUCUAGCACCAGUCUCUCAAAUCAAAUCUUCAGACUUGAUUCAUAAAGACUCAGCAGGGUAGAGUCUAGGUUAAGCAUCUACCUACCCUGCAGUAGUCAACACUUAAAUCUACUUAAAGUUUGAUUUGGUUCUAAGAAUUUGCUAAGUUUAAAAGUUUGUCAAGACAUAACAAAACUGACUGAAUGAUUUACUUAGAGUACAUUCAGGCAGGACCAUGAUGUUAAAAUUCUGAAAUAAUUUUCUUGUAUCAUCUCCUUUUAAAUAUGGUGAAUUUGCAGCCUGGGAAUUUUAUUUUGGUUAACCUCAAAACUGAAAAUGAUUGAGGUACCUAAGACUAAUCAUGUAAUCUGUGGCAUAAAGAUACACUUGAUUCUAUAAUCAAGACAUCCAGAAGCCAAACUAAGACAUUAGCAAACAAAAUGCUUGUGAUUAAUUUUACUAUGGAUAGUUUUUAUUUGAUAUUUUCUUGAUCUGGAUGGAAGCUGAGAGCAAAGGAGAUAAAUUAAAUGCUGCAUUGCAAACCAAAUCAGUAUGGCAUUAAAUUUACAGGAACUCUUAAAAUCUGGUUUUACUACAUUGGAAAUCGUAAUAUGUGAACAGAUCUUUUAUCCCGAAGUAGUAUUCACCAAAAUUACUUUAUUUGAGUUUCCAUGUCUCACCAUAUUCCAUUUUGAUGUAUCUCAGUUGCCACUUUUUUUUUCUUAAAUAACACUUAUUAUUCCAUGUUCUAGCCUUCCUGUAGCCACGUUGUGGAAAGUUUUCAGUGUGAAAUCACUGUCUGUAAGAGAAGGUGUCUUUUUUUUUUUUAAUAUUUCGUAUAAUUUCAGUAAGAGUUUGGUGCAUAACCCCCUUGGGCGUCUUCAAAAUGCCCACCUGCUGCCUAUGUCCUUUCUGGAUUACUAAAUAUUCUGGAAAAAUGUGACAAGAUUUGGGUGUAUGAAUUGAAGGCACUGAACAUACACCGAAAAAAAGUCUAAAUUUUUUUUACCAUUGUCUUAGCUGUAGCUUUAAUAACUUAGCACCCACUUAGCUGGAUGCUUUGGAAAUUAAAGCAAGCAGCAACGAGACACAAAAUGAACCAGCCUGACAGGAACACUGAAUUUCCCAGACUGCAUUUCACAGACUCUGCCUCCAGGAAAAUGUGGCUAUUUUAAGCUGCUCUGUCAGCACAGCCAACUUACACAGCUCAGCAUGUGCACUGGUUAUGCAAAGGCUGCAUAUACCUUGAUGAGAUGCAGUUUGGUCCUGGAUAGCAAUAGUGCCAUUGGGCUGUGACAGUGCCCUGCUGAUGCAGUGGGCCAGCAGAUCCUGUCUGGCCAGGUGAGAAAGAUCCAGAGGCUUUUCUAAGUCCUUUCGGAACCAAAUGAUCUCACAACUGUCCAGGAAGGAAGGGCACGUGUGCCAGUCAAUGCUCUGUUUGCGGAUCCUGCCAUGGCUUUCUGUCCGUCACUCUGGUAGAUUCUGCUCCCCCCUUCAUGAAAGUGAUAUAAAAACUGUAUGGCCAUUUGGAUGGCAGUUCCAAACCUGUUACCAUUAGAGUCAAAGUCCAUUUGAAACUGAACUCAGCAAGAGGUAAUUGAACCUGCUGGAAUGGUUGUGCUCACUUCUGUAAGGAACCAACACUGACAGCAAUUUAAGAGAUGCGGAAGUUAUGAGAGAGGUUCAAACACUCUGUGAUUGGCUGAAAACCAAACAAACAACAGCGUAAUAAUGUGAGCCUUUUAAAGUUUGCCUUUCAUUUGGAGCCCCUCCACCUUUUGUUGUUAUUCUUUUAUGCAGUCUCAAGGGCUACGCUCUUCUUGGUGGUAAUUCAGUGCCAUGACUUCAAGAAGUGAGAUUUUACUGAAAGAAAAGAUUUUCUGGAUUCAGUAGAAAUCACUGAGAUUAGGCAAUAUUAUAGUAUCCUUUGAGAUUUUCCCAGGGAAUAGCUGAGAAGUCAGAACUGAAACUAAAUAUCCUGCAAGACUGUUUACAUUGAUUUUGAGCCCUUUCUAAUUAUGAGGUUUGCUUCCAGUUGUUUUGCAAUUAUAGAAACUAUUGGCAAUGAAAACACGCUCAAUUCCUUUAAAGAAAGAACUUUUAGAAGUGAACCAAAUUAUUCCGCAUACUUUUAUUGCAGAUCUAGAGCAAUUAUUAAGAUAAUAAAAUUUUCCAGUGAUGCUGACAGUGAUAGACUGGACAUCUAGGUACAAUCACAUUCGCAAACUUUCAAUUAUUUCAGAUGCUUCAGAAGCAAUGAAACCUCAAAGGUAGAAAAUGCGAUUUGAAAAGUGAAUUAGCUUCUGACAAAUGGGAAUUUGCUCAGAGUGAGGACUCCCAGCUUCCCUUCCCUAAUGCAAGAAGAGAAUGUUCAAAUCGACCAUGCCCGGCUGGUGACCAUAUGAGGAGAUGCAAUUUCCAUGGCUUAAUGCCUGCCUCCCUGCCCAGGGCUUUGCACCCACGGUGAGGAUAGAAGGUUAUGCGGUAUCUUCACUCCCCAUCCUACAAUUCACACUGGUUCUGCCAGGAACCUCUGUGCCAGACAUGUUCAGUAAAAGCUCGAACAAAGGACGUAGUCCUGGGACCAAUUCUUGUGUGCAAAAUGUGCACUCUCACUGUAAGAAAAUGUUUAACAUUCUGGCAAACAUCACCUGCCAGCACUAAAUUUUCUGUAUCCUGAGUUCAUUCUUUUUUUUAUCUCUGUGGAAUAAUAUGCUCACAUUUCUUGUCAUCAUAGUCCUCAGGCAUCACAUGCAACCAGAUGACAUGAAUUUAAAAAAAAUUAUGCCAGAGUGUGAUUGCUGCUGGCACAUCAAGUGCCAGAUGCCAGCUACAAUGUAUUAAUAAUAGAGUUGAUGCAUAUUUAGAUAUUUGUAAGUAGCAAAUGUUCCAUUUGAAAACUAGCAGAGUUUUGCAGCUUCUAGGAAAUUUGCAGCUCUAAGGGGGAUAUUUGGAACUUGUGAAUAUUCUGAAAAAGCUUAAAAAUCCUGCUUUCAAGAUUUUGUUCUUAUCUUUCAAUGUCUCUGAAGUAAGUGGUAGAACCAAGAAUUUAUAUUCAGCAAACCAUAUUUGCAUAAAUAAAGUCUAAACUGAAGUAACAGACAUACUUCCCUUUUUUAUCUUCCAGACAGUUUCAAAAUAUAUCUGUGUAAAGUCCAAAUUCAGAUUUACCUCAACGUGCUGUCAAAAACAUCUUGAUUUACAUUGUCUUUUUGCCCAAACCGAGGUUUGCACUCUUUUCACAAGUCUGUGCUUGUUCAAAGCUGUCAGGAUAUGGGCAAAUUCCCAGUAAAAGCUCUGUGAUCAGCUGUACUUACUCCAUUCACUUAGCCACAGUGUCUGUGGACCUUGGUCAUAUCUGCAUUGGAUGCAGCUGGAAUGAGGACAGGCCUGUGGAAAAGAUAACAUGGACAUACAAUUUGCCAGCAGUUAACCAGAGCCUUGGAUAGAGAGCGAGAAGCCGCGCUGGGAGAGAAACCUUCAGGGAUAAGAAAUGUGAAGCCUGGAAACAUGAGCCAAUAGGCAUGAAAGUUACUAAUGAGAAUAGAGUGCCUUUGCCAAAUUAUAAACAUGCUAAUUGGUUGACGGGGUUAAAGCAGAACCUCUGGGGAUGCAAUGCCUGCUGCUCAUCUCUUACUGAGACAUUUAUGUUCAUAAGCCCUGAUCUGUACCUCUGCAUACUCCAGCGUAAGCAACUUCUAUGGCUUCCACUGAGAAAAAGCAGGGCUGCUUGUUUUUGUCUCAGUAAGGGGAAUAAGAUUUCAGAGCUAUACAUUUCUAGAAAAAGCACGAUAUAAAGACUGUUUAAACCUUGUAUGACCACAAAACGGGUUGUGGAAACCAAAGCUAGAAAGAAGCUAAAACUGGGUGACUCAUUCUGCUACCCCACUGUGUAAGAGACAGUGCAGAUGACUCAGAAGAGAAAGGUAGCCUCAGAUUUUGAGAUUAAGAUCAUGAAGAUCAAAUAAAGUCCAGGUCAAAUGAAGGAUUUUUUUUCAGCAGUUCUCCUUUUUGUUCCGUGAGGCAAAAAACCACCAAACACACCCAGGCAUACUUUAAUUCAAAAUAAGUGAAAUUUUCUAAUAAGUGAAGAAUGUAAAGAUUAUAAUUGGUAUAUAUUUGUGUCCUUUGUGUCUGGAUUGGUGUGAUAACUGCUUCUCAGUAAAGUCCUGCAGAGUUAAACCUUGAAAGAAGCCAGGUUUCUUCUUUAGAGGUACAUGUUUUUCUUUGCAUUGUGUAGGCAGCAACAACAAAAAGUGACUAUUUUGCUGUAAAAGGGACUUUUACUGUACAAUCAUCAUUUAUUAAUAUUUAUUAUUUUUAGAAACAUUUUUAAAUGAGAGUUGCAUAAAAAAUAAUGUGUGUGGAGAUAUUGUGAUAAUUUAUAUUCCCAACCAUUUUUGUGAAUCUCAAGUUUUGCCUGUCUGCUGAUUGUGGUAUUCUGGCUCUAGAGGCAAAUUUCGUCUCUGAGGAAGUCCUUCAGCAACAUAGUUUGGAAUAUAAGUGUCAUGUAACUGUUUUCUGACUAUUCAGUUUGUAUAUGUUUAACCAAAGUAAUAAAACAGUGAGCACCACUAUUAGAUU